CUGCGCAUCGAGACCAUGGCGAUAUGCAGGACUGUCUGACAGGUUACCAGAAAAAUAACCACCGAAAACGGGUCAACGCCCCAUAAUUACAAAGCUAGACUUGGAUAAAGUGUGAAAUAAAGAUGGGGUCUCGUAUCAAGGAAAGCCCCCAGUCCACUUUCGAGGUCUAUGUGGAAGUGACUCACCCCGGAACAGUAGGAACUGAUCCGGAGGUGCGGAGGCGAUUCCCAGAGGACUACAUCGACCAGGAAACUCUACAGACCGUCCCGAAGUUCUGCUUUCCAUUCAGUGCCGACAGUCUGUCGGUAAGUCAGGUCGGGCAGAACUUCACGUUUGUGCUGACGGACAUCGAGAGCAAGCAGCGGUUUGGCUUCUGCCGCCUCUCUUCAGGGGCACACAGCUGCUACUGCAUCCUCAGCUAUCUCCCAUGGUUUGAGGUGUUCUACAAGCUCCUGAACAUUCUCGCUGACUACUCAGUCAAAGCCCAGGAGAGCCAAUGGCGAGAGCUUCUAGAGUCGUUACACACACUCACCGUCCCUGAUCCUGGAGUGCCUGUUCAUCUCAGUGUGCAUUCCUACUUCACUGUGCCUGACACAAGGGGACUCCCAAGCAUACCUGAAAACAGAAACUUAACAGAGUAUUUUGUAGCCGUAGAUGUCAAUAACAUGCUUCAUCUGUAUGCUAGUAUGCUUUAUGAACGUCGAAUCCUCAUCUGCUGUAGCAAACUAAGCACUUUAACAGCUUGUGUUCAUGGGUCGGCGGCCAUGUUAUAUCCCAUGUACUGGCAACAUGUUUACAUUCCUGUUCUGCCUCAGCAUCUCAUAGACUACUGCUGUGCACCUAUGCCCUACCUCAUAGGAGUACAUUCCAGCCUCAUGGAGAAGGUGAGGGGGAUGGCCCUCGAUGAUGUUGUGGUCCUUAAUGUGGACACCAACACUCUGGAGACGCCCUUUGAUGACCUUCAAGGCCUUCCCAAUGAUGUGGUUUCGUCCUUGAAGAACCGUCUGAAAAAGGUUUCGACGACAACGGGAGAUGGAGUUGCACGAGCCUUCCUCAAAACCCAGGCAGCCCUGUUUGGCAGUUACAGGAAUGCUCUGCAGUUUGAACCAGGAGAGCCAAUAACGUUCAGCGAGGAGACCUUUGUGACCCAUCGCUCCAGUGCCAUGAAACAGUUUCUCCAGAAUGCCAUCCAGCUUCAGCUCUUUAAACAGUUUAUAGAUGGCCGUUUGGACCUGCUGAAUGCAGGAGAGGGCUUCAGUGAUGACUUUGAAGAGGAAAUCAACAUGGGCGAAUAUGCAGGAAGUGACAAGACCUACCACCAGUGGCUGUUCACUGUAAAGAAAGGAGGUGGUGCAAUCUUCAACACCGUAAGGACCAAGGCCAACCCAGCCAUGAAAACUGUCUACAAGUUUGCUAAAGACCAUGCCAAGAUGGGUAUCAAGGAAGUCAAGAGCAGGCUCAAACAAAAGGAGCUGACGGAGAACGGCUACUCGUCAGCAGCAGGCCCCGGGGGGGGGGACGGCACGGCCGGGUCGCCCCCCUCCACCACGGACAGGAAGGAGGCGUCCCACACCUGGGAUGAUCGGCGGCCCAUCACGGUGCACUUUGGACAGCCCAGGCCCCUCCGAGAGCCUCCCCCUCGGCCCCCCAGGCCCCCCCGGCCCCCCAGGCCCCCUCGGCCCCCUUCUCCCAAACUCCAGCGAGGCACCCGGCCCAUUCGUCCUCCAAAGCCUUUGGUAGUGAAGAGGCCUCGCAGCAACGUGGGUGCAGAGAACAGCCCUGAUCAUCCUGUUCGUCCUACGCGUCACUACACAGUCUUUCUGUCAGAAGACUCCUCUGGGGAUGAGCUACAGACAGAUGACGACUCCAUUGUCGGCUUUCCUGAGAACUUUUUCUUCUCUGCCCCCUUCGAAUGGUCACCACAGCCACAGCCUUACCGGUCCUUGAAGGAGGCACAAUUAACAGAAGGGGGAGAAUCAGGUAUUGGAGUUGAGUCCCAGACUGCGCCGCCCAGUCCUUUAACUGAGAAGUUCACAGAUAUCAACCUGCUUGGAGACAUCUUCAGCUGCCAGGAUGAGCCUGAGAGCCAGUCCCUGGCCAAGAGCUUGGAGGACCUGAGGACAUUCAAAGAAGCUGAGAAGCUGGAAGCAAAGUUCAACUACCAGCGCAUGGACCUUAAAGGCAAUGAACGGACCCGCACACUCCCUGGACUCAAACACAGCAACCCCUACAACAAGCUGUGGAGCUUGGGGCAGGAUGACAUGGCCGUACCUGGGAUGACCUCUUCUCAUCUGGACAGACCUCUCUCAGUGCCCCCCUUGGAUCUCCAGGAGCCCGCCAGCCACGAGAGCCUCGGCCUCGUGUACCCUGAGCAGAUGGACCCCUCUACCACCCCCAACCAGGGGUCCAUCACCAUCCCCCGGCCCCAAGGGAGGAAGACACCCGAGCCAGGUAAGGUCCUGGCACCUCCUGUCCCCCAGCCUCGGUCUAAACCAUCUGGGGAGGGGGAGGGGGGGACCACCGUGGGGGCUCAGGAGUUCCGCCAAGCCCUGGGGAUGUCUUCAGGGGGUGAUCUCCUGAAGCCAACCAAGGUCAAUGACGAGGAUCUGGACCUCCUUAGUCUGCUGGACCCUCUCAACAGCACAGCAUGGACACCCUCUGUUGCUGCUGCUGCUGCUGAAAGGGGAGGAGACCCUGGUGCUCUUCCCAAUCCCUCGUCAAAUCUUGUCCAGUCACCGCAGCCCUUCCCCCAUCCACCUUUCCCUCCCCAAUCGCAAAUGUCCCUCAACCCCUUUUCCCAGUCGCUCCACUACCCCCCAACGCACAGACACUACACCUCCUCGAUGGGCAGGAACCCCUUCUGUAGCCCCUACGGACCUCCAGGGGGUGCCUACUUUCAGAGGUCCCCCCACCCCAACCCACUGUCAACACUUCAAGGGCUUUACAGGCAGCCCUCCCCUGCAGGGACCUCCACCCUCCCCCCUAGACUUCAGCCUGCUUUCCCCCAGUCCGCCAGCCCUUUGCCCCCCUCAUCCGUCAGCAGCAACACCCUCUCCAGCCUCUUGGACUUACCCUCAGCCCCCACCCCAGCCCCUAGGGUACUGCCAAAGCCCCCCAAUGCUGAGGUGGACUCCCGCGAAACUCCGGAUCCCUUUGGGGACCUGCUGAUUCUUGCCAAGCCAGUCACGCCAUCCACAAAGAAGCCAGAGGACCUACGGAGGAGGUGGGAGACUUUUGAUUAACCCCUCCCUCUGCCCUGACUUUCCACCCAGGGGGGCAGUGCUUUCCUCCCCUACUCCAGCUCCUGCUGCUGAGCAAUGAGGAUCAAGAGUCUGUGAGACUGAAGUCAGGUGACUGAUGGAGAAGCUGGUCUCUGAGGUGUCCCUGUCCCAAUCACUUGGACAUGUCCUUCUCUCUGUAUGAUCCGUGUUUGAGUUCAGGCCGCUCUCUGUCUGUCUCUAUCCAUUUAACUAUUUUUUCACUCUCUUCUUCGAGCUUGUGCCAUCUCUAUCGUCCUCCAGCUUAUAAAUUGGACCCCAUACGCUCUCCGUCAGUAUACGCCUAUGCUAACAGUACUAGCACACAUGCUAGCGCAGCUGCUGCCCCGUUGUGUCAGUUGUAUGUGUCGUUAAUGCCUUCAUGUAGCUGUUCGCUUAGCACUCUAGUUGAAAUAUUGGUGGCCUAAAAAAUGCCCUCUUCCUUUCACUGGAGGACAAGUGGUCAAAUGUCCUGCAACAGAAAUCUAAAGCAGUGUCUUUUACUGUGAUGCUAACGCUAAGUAGAGAAUCUAGCUAGCUAUCAGGCAAUUUGAAUGGAUAGCAUAAUUGUCCUUUAAAUCAUCAUGCUGAGCAGUACCUCUUCUGAGUUGAAAAAACACACCUAAUUAAAAUGUGUAUUCCCCUCAUUCUCAAUGAUGAAACUGGGUGUGGAGUGUAGACCUAGGUUGGAACCAUUUUACAGGAUUCUGACUGCAAAGGUUUGCGGGAACAUUUUAUUUAGGCUUGUAAAAGGAUAUGUGAAAAUGUGUUUGUCCAACAGGGGGAACCCAUGAUUGUAUAUUCCCAUGUGGUAGAACCACCCAAUUUAACAGCAAUCAUGUAAAGUUAUGUUUAAACUCAACCCAUGUAUUCCCUCCUUGUCUUUGUCAGUUGUUUUGCCUUAUUUAAGUGUGUUUUAUUUCUGUGUCAGAGGACAGCCACGUUCUCCUGAGUUACUGACUGCUUGCUCAAUGGGCUGCUACUGAGUGUUCAAAAAAUGUAAAAACAAAAAGAUGUAUACAGUACUGAGAAUUGGGUGCUACUAUUGGCGCACUCACAGUCAUGGCUAGUGGGCUUCUCUCUGAACCCGACAUGACGCAACCAUACUGAACAUUUCUGUGAUGUAAGUGAAACUUUUUUCCCCAGGGCUGCUAUUAAUCCCACCUCACACGGGAUAGGGACUAAGGUUUAGCUGAACUCCAACAUGCUAAUGCUAAAUGUUGAAAAGGUAAUGAAAGAUGACACAAAAAUCUAAAAGGUUGUUUUCAGAGAACACAAUUGUGACCUGUUUCGGGUGUUAAGAUAUGUCUUAACCAGCGAUACCUAGUUAUGUGCAUGCCAUUAGACCUUCUGAAAACAUUGCUGUCAAGGUCAUUUGGGUGUUCUUAAAUGUCAGAUACCUAAGAUAAAUGCAAUAGGGAAGACUUUUAAACAUGUGUCUUGAGCAACAGUAACAUAAUGAGAUCAAGAAAGAGCAUAUUUUCAAGCUCACUAUUAUCAUCAUGAAGAAGCAUUACUAGCUGAAGAACUUACACUUAAAGUACUUCCCAGCACACAAAACAUGAUUGUGUGCACUAAAGGAAGCUUUAUAAGUAUUAUAAUCUAAAUGUUUUGGCCCUAAUCCCAAAGUUGUAUGAGUGUGUAUCCAUUUUAAUGAUAAAAAUGUGUCAUAAAAAUACAACUAAACAGCAUAAAAUUGUUAUUAGAUAAGUACACAAUCAUAUUUAUCCCAAUGAUACCUACUGUUAGUAAUUCAUUUGUCUUUUAUAAAAAAAAAGUUGUGGUAUUUACCUUGCUACACCUAACUGCUGCAAUGCAACAUUUUUUGUUGGGCCACGUUCACCAUUGAAGACUCAUUUUGAUUAAUUGAGAGAAAAGCGUUUUUAGAAACUCAUUCACACUUACA